GAUGUUGACGAAUGCAGUGCUUCUUCUCCUGUAUGUGACAGCAAUGCCAACUGCUCCAAUACUCGUGGAUCGUAUAGCUGUAACUGCAGGGCAGGAUAUACAGGCGAUGGAAAAACAUGCCAAGGUAGGUUUGAAAAUGUCAGGUUAACACAGAGGGUUAGGGAAGUUUUUCUUUAUACCAACCGAAUAAAAAUCUUACUAAUGGUCUUGUUAAAACACCCUUUGGUCUUCCCAUAUUGCAGUUUAGGGAUAUGUGUUCCUUUUUCAGAUGUUGACGAAUGCAGUGCUUCUUCUCCUGUAUGUGACAGCAAUUCCAACUGCUCCAAUACUCGUGGAUCGUAUAUCUGUACCUGCAAGUCAGGAUAUACAGGCGAUGGAAAAACAUGC